GCCUUUAUGUUUUGUAGCUUUUAAUUUUGAUUCUGCUUAAUUGACAUUGUUUGCCUUGUUUGAAAAAAAAUUCCAAAACAACUAGCAUUUAUUUGGGUGCUAUAUUUGUUUUUUACAAGAUACACUGGAAAUAAAUACCCAUGAAGUUAUGCAUACAUAGUAAUUUUGCAAUAUUAAAUAGAAAACAGUGUAUGAACAUAAAAUGAGACUUCGGCCACGGUGCGGCUCUUGGCUUCCUUUGUCUACACAACAACUUCGUUUGCGAAAUCUUCUCAGAAUAGAAGGUAUCAAUAUUAAAUGCGAUGAAGCUGGUGCACUUAUAUAUUAUACACUCCACAAAAGUAAAGAUGCGGAUGCGUUUUAUGUAAGUGAAUAUUUGCCCCAUCGGCAAGAACAAAAAUGGACAGAGAUAGUCUGUUCGAACUUAUUCAAAUCAAAUGACCGAAGCGUAUGUGUCAAAGUAUGGGCAAAGCUUAUAACUGGCCUAGCGUCUACGGAGCAUACUACCAAGGCCUCAGAAUUGGAGCGCUUAAGUGCCUUGACUCACGAACUAUCCAAUGUCCACAUAAACUGUUAUAAACACAUCAGUUAUCAAGAUAAAUUGCUUUUUACUUGGGGCAUUUAUUUUUCUGGUCUAAUCCCAUUAAGUGAAAAGAGAGAUAUUAGAUGCUUGGACAACUCACUUUUCUUCCACAUAAACGGAGAAUGGUUUACAUCGGCAGAGCAUGUUGUUCGGGACAUUUCUUUGAAAGAUAAAUUAAUCAAAACCCACAAUGAUUAUUUCGAAUUUUCAGAAAUAAAUGCUUUUCAAGAGGAAACUGAAUGUAUAUUACCAUCUCGAAGCAUAUCUAGCUACAUUCAUAUUCCGGAAAGCCGAAAUGCGAUGAGCGUACGAUACAUGCAGUUGUACUUUAAAAGCUUUGAUGUACGUAAAAGUUAUAAUUUGCAACAACUGCUAAAACUGCAAAGAGUACAACGAACACAAUUGCAAAGGAGAAAAGAUACCGAGGAUCUUGCGAUAGAAAUACAACAACGAAGCUUAUAUUGCAUAACAAAGGAGCAACUCUGCAAUCCACAAACUACAUCAUUAAGCAGCUCAUUCAGUCGUCAUCAACAAAGAAUUACCAUGGGUCGCGUAUUAAGUGAAUUAUUUUCAGAACAACAUCAAAGUAAUCCUCAUUCACUUUUGCGUGCACAAAAAUUACGAAAGCAAUUAGAGACAUUGCGUUUAAAGCAUCAGCUACUUCAAUCCGAGUGUAAUACACAUUCCUCACGCAUUGCUCAACAAAGAAAUCUGUUGACUUCUUUAAUCGAAAGUCGUCAACAGCGUCAAUGUUGGCUUCGAUCUAAACGCCAACAACUGCAUGCCGAAAAAAAAAUGUUGAGUGAACAAUAUCAGGCAGAAUCUUUUCUUGUACAAAAAAGGCGGGAAAUAAUGCGAGAUAUGGAACGGAGAAUGUCUGCACUCUGUGUGGGACUGCGUGAAAUCUAUCCGAUCGAGAAAAAUUCAAGUGGUCUUAAUACAAUAAACAACGUUCCAUUUCCGACUAUGGAUACAUUUGUUAAUGGUACAAAAAAUGGAAAUGCUACAAUCAGUGCUAACAAUAUUUUACCAAUAACUUUGAGUGUUUCACUCGGUUAUAUCGCCCAUUUAGUACAGAUGAUUGCUCUUAUUAUCAACCGGCCUCUAAGAAAUGCAAUUUUUCAUCAGGGUUCACGUUCCCGUAUAAUUGAUAUCGUAAAGGAGAUUCCGUAUACUUGUUCGGAGUUUCCACUUUACAGUCGUUCUAGUAUACCAUCUAAGUCGGUAAAGUAUGCAAUAUUUCUUCUUAAUCAAAAUAUUGCUCAGCUUUGCUACGAUAUAACGGGACUGCGCUGUGAUAUGCGUUCAACACUAGAGAAUAUCCAUCAUAUAUUUACUUAUUUAUCUGAAAUUCAAAGUUCUGAUGAAAACAAACAAAACGAGCAUAACAAACCCUUUGAACUGAAGUACAACAGUUAUAAAAAUGCUGGUAACGGGUGUGUAAAUAUAGACAAUAAUUUGAUGUCGAGAUCACUCUCAUCGGUUGAUAUACAUCACAUGCCAGUUCCUUUGGCGACUGCUAUGCCAGAGAAUUCCCUGUUGCAGCUGCCGAAUGGUAUGCCAUUUUCAAUUGAAGCCGGAUGUAUUUGUAAGCAACGAACUAGCCGUUCCGUUGGUUCAUACUCAGACUCUGAAGAGGACUUUAAAGACAUCCACAGGCAUGGCUAUUCCAACUCUGAUUCAAACAUUACGAUGCAGCUUAAUGACAUUUGAGAAGCAUUUACAUAAACGUGUAUAUACCUACAUACGUAUGUAUGUGCAUAUGGUGGCGCAUAAUAACCGUUAUACUGCAAUUGGUGAGAAUAGAAUAUCGGCCACGAAUCAUCAUAAUAUUAUAAUCGUUUAGAAGAGAUUGUUCCUCAGCAGGAAAUAAGUUAAAUUUCGUAUGCUUUUGCGCCAUUGUGUGUAAGCUUCUGUGCGAAUAUUUAAUUUUCAACAGACUACGGAAAAAUUCAAAUUUUUUCUUUGGGCAAAUAAAUCAAUAUUCAAAAAACAUCGAAAAGUAA